CAGACUUCCUCAGCUGUUAUCACUCUUGCCUGAAAAUGCGAGGUAACUGUAGACUUGCUUGCUCAGAAAGAACACUCCGACACAGCCAACGUUGCAAGCGUGAAACCAUGACAGGACCAAUUUACCUCACUGGCGACAAUGCCGCUAUCAACGAAUUCAUAGACCGUUUCGAUGUUUUUUUUGCUGGACUGCGAUGGGGUAAUUUGGACCGGUGACCAUGUCUUUGAGGGCGUCCCCGAGACCCUCGAACUCUUACGAUCCCGAGGGAAGAAGGUCGUCUUCGUGACAAACAACUCGACCAAGUCCAGGGAAGAGUACCUCAAAAAGUUCACCACGCUCGGCAUCCCAUCCAACGUCGAGGAGAUCUUCGGCUCCGCCUACAGCUCCGCCAUCUACAUCUCGCGCAUCCUCGAGUUGCCUGCCCCCAAGAACAAGGUCUUUGUCCUGGGCGAAGCCGGCAUUGAGAACGAGCUCCGUUCCGAAAACAUCCCCUUCAUCGGCGGGACCGAUCCGGCCCUGCGCCGGGACAUGACCCCAGAAGACUGGAAGGGCCUCGCCGACGGCUCGCUCCUCGACCCGGACGUCGGCUGCGUCCUGGCUGGGCUCGACUUCCACAUCAACUACCUCAAGCUGGCGCACGCGCUGCAGUACCUCCGCCGGGGCGCCGUCUUCCUCGCCACCAACAUCGACUCGACCUUCCCCAUGAAUCACAACUUCUUCCCGGGGGCCGGCUCCGUCGGCGCCAUGCCGCUCGCCUUCAUGACGGGGACGCAACCGCUCGCGCUCGGCAAGCCCAGCCAGGCCAUGCUGGACGCCAUCGAGGGCAAGUUCCAGCUGGACCGCGCGCGCACCUGCAUGGUGGGCGACAGGCUGAAUACCGAUAUCAAAUUUGGCGUCGAGGGCAAGCUAGGGGGGACACUGGCCGUUUUGACGGGGGUGAGUAAAAGGGCUGAUUGGGAGGCCCGGGAUGCCGUGGCCGUGCCGGCUUUCUAUGUUGAUAAGCUGAGCGACCUUGGCGCGGUGGCGCUGUAGAAGGGUCCAGAAUUGAAGGGCCCGGAGCUUGGAACGGGAUGAUCAAAAACGUGUUGUACCGCGCGGAUGGCCACGGAUCAGGCUCUCUACUGUGCGGGGGUGCGGCGAGGCUCCAGGGAUUGGCCACGGGACGACUCCGGCUUGCCCCGUACGGGAGCCAAGUUGUGGAUGGUCCGUUCUAGCUUUCCGCAGCGCAGUUGUACACGUAGAAACGACCAAUAGAUCUAGACCUUGCAGGCGCCCAACUCAUGUUGCAGAUUAAACUUUCUCUGCUAG